AUGGAUGACAGCUGUUGUUGGGAGAGCUCAGAUUAUGAAAUGUUGGCAGAAAUCGGCCAGGGCGCCUACGGGAAAGUGUACAAAGCGCGAGAGAGGCGCGGGCUGCAGCGCUUCGUAGCGGUGAAGAGACUCCACAUCCCCGAGGAGCCGGAGUCUGGCAUCCCUCAGUUCGUGAUUCGAGAAGUGGCUCUUCUGCGAAAACUAGAGCACUUCAACCACCCCAACAUAGUCAAGUUGCUGAAUGUAUCAGCUGGAUGGCAAAACGAGAAGUUUGACCUGACGCUGGUGUUUGAGUAUAUCGAUCAGGAUCUCACCACGUUUCUCAGCAAAGCAUCAGAAAAAGGCCUGACCAGGGACAAAAUUAAGGAUGUGAUGCGUCAGUUGCUCUGUGGACUUGACUUCCUCCACACUAACACCGUCAUUCAUCGGGACCUGAAGCCAGACAAUGUGCUCGUGAGCAGUCGAGGGGAGGUCAAGAUUGCAGACUUCGGUUUAGCCAGAAUAUACACAUACCAUAUCGCCCUCACCCCAUGCGUGGUGACUCUGUGGUACAGGGCUCCAGAGGUCCUGCUGCAGUCCAGUUACAUGUCUUCAGUGGAUAUCUGGAGUGCUGGGUGCAUCUUUGCAGAGCUCUUUCUGUUAAGGCCUUUGUUUCGUGGAUUCACAGAGAUCCAGCAGCUGCAGAAGAUCUUUGAGGUCAUUGGAUUGCCGGGUGAGGAAGACUGGCCCAUAGAAAGCCCUGUCUGCUACAGCCCUACAUGGGCUGAGAAGAAGCCUACAAAACAACUAUUACCCAGUCUCGCCCAUGAGGAGAAUGACCUGCUGUCUCAAUUUCUGACUUUCAAUCCAGCUCAUCGUAUCUCUGCCUGCAGAGCUUUGGCCCAUCCUUUCCUGGCAGACUGCAACCAUGAAGAUGAAUGACAGAUGAUUGAAGAGGGUGGAGUCAGAUGAUCAGACAGGCUCCUCCCACCCAAUCAGGGGUGCACCCAGAAUUAUCCUGUUAAAUUGAGUUUUUUAUUUUUUAUAAUGGAGUAAAGUGCAGCACCUUGACCUGUAGAUCAAGAUUUUGUCUAAUGAAAAUGAGGUGCAGAUUUUUUUGGUGGAAAUGUACAAUUUUACUGGUACUGCUAAAAAGAAACAAAUGCCCUCAAAAAGUCCAGCUGGUUUUGGAGCUCUUGCUCUUUAAUAUCACCAUCACCUUAUUUAUGUAAUUACAGUGGUGAGGAGGAAUGAGAAUUUGUCUUUUUCACAUGUGACAACUCUAUAAUAAUGACAUUUUGUGUAUGUUGCAGCACAACUGGUUGUCUAACAGGUAAGUUUAAUGUUUCCGGUUAGUUUCAGCGUGCCACCUUAGUGUUGUUUUAGAAAGUUGACUUAAAGCGAUGUUUUUGUGCCUCGUUUUGUGUUUGUUUGGGCAUCAAUUGGAACUGUUUGCUUAUUUUUAAUCGCAUGCAGUGUUUUAAGUUCUGACCAGAUUGUUUGAAGUUUUUAUGUUUUCU